CCCUGCGCUGCUGCUGCCCUGAGCAGCGGGGCUCUCCGGGGGUGAUGCUGGGCUCGGCUCUGCGGCUCUGCCUCCCCUCUGAGCACCUCCCGGCCCUGCCCACCCGGAAUGCCAGCGGGAAACCGCUCCAGGUGCCACCUUCGUGUCCCCCGGGCCGGCUGAAGGGGCUGGGUGGCACCACCCGCCCCAGGGCCCGGCCAGGUUUUCCUGCUCUCCCUCGGGAGAGGCCGAGCCGCAGUUUUGGCAACAGCGCGGGGCGGGAGUGUCCGAGCAGAAAAACUGCAUUCAGUUAUGUACAAAACAGUGCUCUGCUGCCGAGGAUUCCAGGGGAAAAGGGAAGCAGAUUCCAGGUCAUGGAUAGUCUAUGGGAAAAGGGGAGAGGAUUCCAGGUCAUGGACAUUCCAAAAGGAAAAGGAGAGCUGAUUCCUUGGGGAAGGGAGUUCUGGGGGAAAGGAACUUCUACUCCAGGUGAAGGGGAGCUGUUUCCAUGUCCUGGACAGUCCAAAAGGAAAAGAGGAGCUGCUUCCAUGGCCUGGAGAAUUCUGGAGAAGAGAAGAGCUGAUUCCAUGGCCUGGACAGCCCUGGGAAAAAAAGGGGAGCUGAUUCCUUGGGAAGGGGAGUUCUGGGGGAAAAGUGUUGGGUUUUGUCUUCUUUUCUGCCAACAGAAAACAACUUCUGUUCCAGGUGAAGGGGAGCAGAUUCCAUAUCAUGGACAGUCCAAAGGGAGCAGAUCCCAUGUCCUGGACAGUCCAUGGGAAAAGGGGAGCAGAUCCCAUGUCCUGGACAGUCCAAAGGGAGCAGAUCCCAUGUCCUGGACAGUCCAUGGGAAAAGGGGAGCAAAUCCCAUGUCCUGGACAGUCCCAAAGGAGAAGGGGAGCAGAUCCCACAUCCUGGACAGCCCUGGGGAGAAGGGGAGCAGAUCCCAUGUCCUGGAGAGUGCCAAAGGAAAAGGGGAGCAGAUCCCAUGUCCUGGACAGUCCAUGGGAAAAGGGGAGCAAAUCCCAUGUCCUGGGCAGUCCCAAAGGAAAAGGGGAGCAGAUCCCAUGUCCUGGAGAGUCCCAAAGGAGAAGGGGAGCUCCUUUCCCCGCACGUGGGGAGGCUCCUGAGCGGUUUCCUGCCGGGCCUGGGUUAUGUUGGUUCACUUUGGCUCCUGCCCUGGAUGCCACUUCCAUGACAUCACUUGGCCGUGGCGGAGUGGAGGAGGUGAGACACUUGUGAGCGAUUAUCUCGUGCAAAUAGCCCUGGGUAAACAGGCUCGGGGCACUAUUGACACUGAGACUGUUUCUCUUCCCAAUUUCCUGCUGGGGGGACUUUGCCAAGCAGCCAAAAAUGGGGCUGAGGGGGGGUGGGAACCCAAACUCCUCAACCCAAAACUCCAAAUUUCAAGUCAGGGCACGGAGCUGCUGUCAUGCAGGUAAUUGAAGUUGCAGCUCCUGGUGGAACUUCCAGGUGGGAGCCUGGUGUGGGGCUGAUUUUGGGAACGGGGUGUCUUUGGGCAGUUUGGGGUGCUGGGAUCUUCUCCUGGGCGAUGCUUUGGGGCUCUCACCUUUACCUGCCAGCCCAGGGGUGCCCGCCUGGAUGGGGCUGAUUUUCCUGGGGUGAAUUCUCCUGAAGAGAGCAGAACAGAGCCGUUCUAUCAGAACAGAGCUGUUCUAUCAGAACAGAGCCGUUCUAUCAGAACAGAGCCGUUCUAUCAGAACAGAGCCGUUCUAUCAGAACAGAGCCGUUCUAUCAGAACAGAGCCGUUCUAUCAGAACAGAGCUGUUCUAUCAGAACAGAGCCGUUCUAUCAGAACAGAGCCGUUCUAUCAGAACAGAGCUGCUCUAUCAGAACAGAGCCGUUCUAUCAGAACUGAGCCGUUCUAUCAGAACUGAGCCGUUCUAUCAGAACAGAACCGUUCUAUCAGAACAGAGCCGUUCUAUCAGAACUGAGCCGUUCUAUCAGAACAGAGCCGUUCUAUCAGAACUGAGCCGUUCUAUCAGAGCUGUGGAUGUGCCCCGGGGUUCCCUUUUCCCGGGCUGCCUGCGGAGGUGAGAGGGACGGGCCUGAUCCCCGGGGAUGGCUGCACCUGAGCCGUGCAGAGCAGGAGCAUCCCCUGCCCCUGUGCCCCGGCAGUGCCACAGCAGCCCUGUCCUGGCAGUGCCAGCACCAGCCCUGUCCCGGCAGUGCCAGCACCAGCCCUGUCCCGGC